CACACUUCUGUUCUCUAGUAGCGCCUGCCGGCAGCGCCCCAGAGGACUUCCCAGCGCCUUGGCGGAGUUUUACUCUUGGAGCAGAGGUGAUCCUAGGCUGGAGGGCGGGCACAAAGCGACGGGAUAACCUAGUAAUCCGAGAAUGCAGCAUCAGCCCUUCCCACCAGGCACUUCCUUCCUUUUCCCGAACGACCAGAGAGGGAGGGCCGCGCAUUUAUAAACUGGAGCCUCAGCUGAGUGGCAUGUCAGAGGCUGCCUCCCGAGGACUCAGAGCCUGGGCUAGAAACGUCUAGGCUAGGACAGAGGCUAGCUGCCGUCGCCACAGGCGUCCGAAACCUCUCUACGAGGGCUGGGUGCCUGCGCCGUCGCAGAGCUAGCGUUUUCCCCGGAGCUUGUACGCUGCACCCCUGGACAGCAUGCUUGGUGUUCUUCUUCUGGGUGUGCUGGCUCCAGCUGGCCUGGGGAUCUCCGCAUUAGCCGAGCUGCAGUCCAAAGGCAGUCAGUGCGUGGAGCACGAGUGCUUCGCGCUUUUCCAGGGCCCCGUGACCUUCUCCGCUGCCAGCCGGGCCUGCGAAAGCCUGCAAGGACAUCUGAUGACAGUGCGCUCUUCAGUGGCUGCCGAUGUCAUUUCCCUUCUUCUGAGCCACGGCAGUAGUAUGGACUUACAACCCUGGAUCGGCUUACAGCUCCCGCAGGGCUGUGGCGACCCGGUGACUCUCGGGCCCCUGCGCGGCUUCCAGUGGGUUACCGGAGACAACCACACCAGUUACAGCAGGUGGGCGCGGCCCAAGGACCAGGCAACUCAACUUUGCGGCCCCCUGUGCGUCACGGUCUCGGUGGCAACAGAGGCUGCACCGGGAGAGCCGGCCUGGGAAGAGCAGCCUUGCGAGACCGAGGCCAAGGGCUUCCUCUGCGAGUUCUACUUCACAGCGUCCUGCAGGCCCCUGGCAGUGGAUCUCCGAGAAACCGAGGCUGUUCACCUCUCUAGCACCUACCACACCCCGUUCGGGGUCAGUGGUGCGGACUUUCAGACGCUGCCAGUAGGCAGCUCCGUGGAGGUGGCGCCCCUUGGCUUGGAGCUGGUGUGCAGGGCCCCGCCCGGAACUUCAGAGGGACGCUGGACUCGGGAAGCGAUAGGAGCCUGGAACUGCAGCGUGGAGAAAGGUGGCUGCGAGUACUUUUGCAACUGGAGCACCAAUGGACCCAGAUGCCUCUGCCCCAGUGACCAGGAGCUGCAGACCGAUGGGCGUUCGUGCGCAAAGCCUGUGGUGCAAUCGUGCCACGACCUCUGUGAGCAUUUUUGCGUCGUCAACCCGAAUGUGACAGGCUCUUAUUCCUGUAUGUGCGAGACAGGCUAUAAGUUGGCAGCGGACGGACACCGGUGCGAGGACGUGGAUGACUGUAAGCAGGGGCCCAAUCCGUGCCCGCAGCGCUGUGUCAACACCGAGGGAGGCUUCGAAUGUUUCUGCUAUGAAGGCUUUGAACUGGUGGAUGGAGAGUGCGUGGAGCCUCCGGAUCCAUGCUUCGGAAACAACUGCGACUUUCAGUGCGAGCCGGUGGGCUCCACGGACUUCCGUUGCAUCUGUGCUGAGGGCUUCGCACCCAAGCCCAACGAACCGCACAGGUGCGAAUUGUUCUGCAAUAAGACUUCAUGCCCGGCGGACUGUGACCCUAACACCCCUGAACUUUGUGAAUGCCCUGAAGGCUUCAUUCUCGACGAGGGCUUCAUCUGCGAGGACAUUGACGAGUGCAGUUCCGGCCUAUGCGCCUCCAGUGAGUGUCGAAACCUUCCAGGCUCCUAUGAGUGCAUCUGUGGGCCUAACACAGCCCUUGCUGGCCAGGUUAGCCAGGACUGUGACCCCAUUAUCCCUGUUAAUAAAGACAGUGAAGACGGCGGGUCUGGGGAGCCCCCAGUCAGUCCGACGCCGAGCUCUCCGACAGGUCCCCCUUCUGCAAGGCCAGUGCAUUCUGGCGUGCUCAUUGGCAUCUCCAUUGCCAGCCUGUCCCUGGUGGUGGCGCUUUUGGCGCUUCUCUGUCACGUGCGCAAGAAGCAAAGCUCUGCGCGUGCAGAGCUGGAGUACAAGUGUGCGUCACCCUCCAAGGAGGUAGUCUGCAUCACGUGAGGACUGACCGGACGCUGCAGUAGUUUUGAAGGGUCUUUGGUCCAGAGACCCAGGCUGCCAUUGUCUUUCCUGGCUCUGUACUUUGUAACUCUCCGCUCUCUCCCACCUCCCUGCUGUGCUCUUUGGCAAUGUAACAGUAUCCUGGCUGACAAGGUCUGAGAAGAGCCUAUCCCAUCCUCUCAUGACAAAGGAGGGUCAGGAGGACUUGAAGCAGGAGAGCCCAGCUUCUUCCAACUGGAAGAACUGGACCACUGGGCAGAGGUGGCAAACGCAGUGAGGAUCAGAUUGCAGAGUGUCCCAGGCCCUCACCUCGGGGUGCAGGAUGCCCGGGUUCCUGCUGAUCUGUAAGCUUGGAGGCAAACCUUGACCCUACAUGCUAGAGAUGACCCAGAUAUUUAUUUUUUAAAGUAUUUAGCAUUGUUCCCCUCAGUUUGCCUCUGCCUGUAAGCUUCCAGCCCUCACCCUUUCUCUCUGUCCCUCUAUUCCUUUCC